AUGUCUGAAUCUACUUUUUUAUCAAGAUCUUUUUCGGAUCAAGAAGGUGAUGACGAUAAUGGUAUCGGUGAUGGUUUAGACGCGAUCGAGAUUUCAAGAAAGAGAAGCAUAAAUUUGCCUUCUGCGACAUCUCCGUUGGAUAUGCAACAUGCAGAUACUUCGUGCUAUUUGCAACAUUCUCCAAUGGUUGAUAGAAAUGUUGAUUAUUCCUCUUCUUACUCUCUGCCAAAUAGCAACCAUCAUCACGAACCUAGUGCCCAUCAUGUUCAACCUUUACAUCGAGAUUACAGGUGCAAUUGUAUUUCAUGCGGUCAUUAUGAAUUUAAAUGCGAAUCUUCUCAGGAAGAUCCUAUUACUGCUCGUUUAAAUUCCCUUGGUAUUUCUCAAGAUAAUAAUGACUAUCCGAAACGCCGAAAGUUGUCAAUUCCAGAAAAGACGUCUUAUGAUUAUAGGACAACAUUGCCACCAUUGAUGGAACACUCUAACUCUCUUUCGCAUACACAUGAUCAGUCUGUUUGUACGAAUGCUACAUUCGAUUAUUCAUCACAAUGUACCGUUUCAAAUGGUCACACGAAUCACACGAAUGCACCUAUAUCUUCUCAGUUAUCUCCCGUUUAUCCAUCUUACCAUCCCAAUUCUCAUUCUCCCCUUUCAAAAAUACCACCAACAAGAUCCCGCACAUUACCACCAUCAUAUAUCAGCUCGCAACAACAACAUCACCAAUUACCAACUCCACGAACAUCAAUCGAUGCACAAUUAACGCAAUAUCCUAGAACUUCCUUUGAUAGUUACAAUGACAAUUUUAGCAGUAACACUAGUGACAAUAAUAAUAGUAACAUUACGAUGCCACAAUUUACUCCACAUUUCACUUCAAGUCCGCGCGCUGCCCAUAGUCAAUUACCGAGUUCGACACACAGCCCUGCUUUUAGUGUUCGACCUGCAACACGAUCGUCUUCAAUGCCUAUAUCGUCAAACACUUCCCAAUUUUUGUCGUCAACCCAGGAACAAUCAAAA